AUGUGGUGCAGGAUCAACCCUAAGUAUCAUACCUUGCUCCUCAUUAUAGUGAUGAUGACCACGGGAACCCUCAACACCGUUUCCAGGAAGAUUUCAUACCAAAUGGAGGGUAAGAACAUCGAGGGUCAACAAGAGCCAUAUAACAAAGCGUGGAUAACGACUUUCUUCAUGUUCGUUGGCGAAAGUAUCUGUUUGGCCAUCUUUUACAUAAAACGAUGCCUUGUUAAGCGAAAUGUUUCUAUGACGUCUCUCGAUAUGACUGCUAAUGAGGUGACUGAAUACGAGCAGGAAAACAUUACGAUCCUCAAUGACAUUACGCACACGUCUGUCUACACAGAGGCAGCUGAGCCUCCGCAGGACACUCAAACGACAGUGACAAAUUUGAGGAAGCCUGUAACAGGGUCGUUACCCUAUUGGAAAUUCGUGUUUGCGACGGCUUGUUUCGCUAUUCUAGAUCUUGUGCAGACAACGGCCUUCAAUAUAGCCAUGGUAUAUGUGCCGGCGUCUGCGGCCCAGAUUCUCCGAGGAUUCGCCAUAGUCUUCUGUUUGGUUCUCGCGAUCCCCUUGCUGAAGAGGAAGCCGAAAAUGUGGGAGAUUAUGGGGGUUUGCUUUGCGUUUCUUGGGCUAGCUCUGGUCGGUAUUGCCACUACCAUCCAGGAGCAGAACCUAGGAGAGUAUGGAAGCACAUUUACGACUAUUAUGGGUGUUUUCCUUGUAAUUUCUGGCCAGCUUUUUUCUGCGACGCAGUUCCUCAUGGAGGAGAAGAUUCUCAAGAGUCAGGACAUAGACCCCCUAAUGGUUGUCGGCUGGGAGGGUGUCUGUGGCGUGAUUCUGUCGCUGUGCGUUGCGUGCCCGCUGGCACACGUGAUACCUGGCAGCGACCACGGGAGCCUGGAGAACUAUGCUAACUCGUGGUAUAUGUCCUUCGUCAACGGGAGCAUCAUAGCCAUGAACAUCCUGUAUGUGUUGUCCAUUCUCUUCUUCAACUGGUCUGGGCUGACUGUCGGGAAGUCCCUUACGUCGACCCAUCGGUCUCUGUUCGACAAUUUGAGAUCGCUGUUGAUAUGGGUCAUCAUGGUCAUAAUAUACUAUUCGACGAGGCACUACAAUCGCCCGUACGGGGAGCCCCUCACCCUCUACUCACUUCUGGAGCUGUUUGGAUUUGGGGUAAUGAUCUUGGGCGUCAUGAUUCACAACGACGUCCGUGGGUUUGGCGCGAAGGCUACGUGCAGAGAUGAGCGAAAGACAAAAUAUAAAUCCUUUAAGUAA